GGUGAUGGGUGGCGACGAGAAGAAAGAAAGAAAGAAAGAAAGAAAGGAAGGAAGGAAGGAAGGAAGGAAGGAAGGAAGGAAGGAAGGAAGGAAGGAAGGAAGGAAGGAAGGAAGGAAGGAAGGAAGGAAGGAAGGAAGGAAGGAAGGAAGGAAGGAAGGAAGGAAGGAAGGAAGGAAGGAAGGAAGGAAGGAAGGAAGGAAGGAAGGAAGGAAGGAAGGAAGGAAGAAGAAGAAGAAGAAGAAGAAGAAGAAGAAGAAGAAGAAGAAGAAGAAGAAGAAGAAGAAGACGAAGAAGAAGAAGAGGAAGAAAAAAGGGGGAACAAAAGAGAGCACGAACACAGGAGGGGAUCGUUGCACCGGAGAGGAACAAUAGACAGCCAUACCCAUACCUUGAGAGGU